AUGACAAAUGCAAUCUUGUCUUAAUUCACAACUUAGAACUUCUUUGCAAAAUCAUAAAUUUAUUGUGCCAAUUCUCUUGUAGUUGACAAUACCAAACCAAAUAAUAGAUAAUUGAGUAUUUUUUUUAGAGAAUUCACUAAACAAUUGAACCAAAAUUUUAAUUUUUUUCCUCAUCCUGUUUAGGCUUUAACAGCAACAUCAUAAUUUUAUUACGUAUGGAAUCGCUGCUUUUAAACAGACAUCAUGUACUAGAAUUUAAACUCAUCUGGCAUUACUUUUUGA